AUGGAGGAAAGAGGGACUCUGUACAUUUUCGACUUAGAAUUUGUUUUACUUCAAAAUUCCUCUGUUUUUCUUCUUCUUAGAUUUGUUAUGGGGUCUGAGUUCAAAGAGACUUUCAAGAAGAAAAAUCCACUCAACAAAUUCAUUGAUGUGGUCCUGAUUAUCUUUGGAAGACAGUUCCUUACCGCACCAUUGUUCAAAGGUGUGAAUUGUUUUAUCAUAUGUUUCAUCAUAUUAUUUUUACACGGACACGAUGAUAAUGAGAUAGUUACUUUGGUUAUGCGUUCGAUUAGGAUCAGGAGCCUUGCCACUUUGGUUAGGCAUUUGGAUUUUGAAGGUAGAGAGAGGUAA